GCCCGGGCCGCGCCCGUCUCCUAGCAACUGUCAAACACAAUUGCGCGGCGGCGUCCCGCGGGCCUCCCUGCGGCGGUGUGCGAGCGGACUGACGCCCCGGUCUGACCCCAGGUUGCUGCCCAGCGCAUCCCCUUGCAGGUCCCCACAUUGCAAACCCAUCCUGUGCUCUCGCCCAAGGCUUCUCGAGGGGAAGCACCUGCUUCUCUCCCAGCUUUGCGGUUCUCGCCAGGAGUGCCGCGCCUGUGGGUGCUCUUCAGAAUGUCGCUGCACGCCUGGGAGUGGGAGGAUGAGGACAGGGUGAGCAUGGGGCCCAUGUCCUCCAUGGGCAGCUUUUACCAGUCUGGGAGUGAGUGUGAUAUGGAGGAGUACCUGAAGGUCAAAGCCCAAGCCCAGGAGUCAGACUCUGAGCACCCAUUCAGCAGCGAGUCCUCAUAUGGGCCCGCCAGCACCUUCAACUCUGAUGUGCCCCAGGUGGUUCCCUGCAAAUUCAUCAUCUCACUGGCCCUCCCAGUCAACACUGGUUAUAAAGGAAAAUAUACAAUUUUGAUAGAAAAAUAUAGGAAACACCCUAAAAUGGACAAACCAACUGCAAAGUAUCGCCGUUACUACCACAUUGAGUAUUUCCUUCUGCCAGAUGAUGGGGAGCCUAAAAAAGUUGACAUGGUGGUAUUUCCAAUGGUGGCCAAAGUGUUCCUGGAUUCAGGAAUUAAGACAGUGAGGCCUUGGCAAGAAGGGGACAAAGUCUGGGUGUCAUGGACGCAGACUUUUAACAUCAACAUGACGAAGGAAUUACUAAAGAAAAUAAAUUUUCACAAAAUAACCAUGAGGGUCUGGGACACCAAGGACAAGGUUUCAAGAAAAGUCAAGUAUUACCGGUUAAAGACAACUGGGUAUUCAGAAGAUACAGGAUGUUGUGAAGAAGUGAAAAAUUUGGUUUUAAGUCAGAGAAGAUUGUCUGCACAGGGUCUACACAUCAGAGGGAAGUGGAACCAGGAGGAUGCACGAGAGAAAACAGAGAAAGCAGGAAAGCACACAAAGUCUUUGCAUGAUUCUCACCCAGCAGAGUCUGAAACUUUUUCCAAGAUCUCCGAGGAAUAUGAAAAGAUACUCAGAAUGGAAGAUCUUACUACAGUUCGAUGGAGUAUAUCAAGAGAAACAGCUGUUUCUUUGGGAGCAGUAGCUGGGACGGAGGUGAAGGAAUUAACUGAAAGACCAUCAUUUAGCAGCUUAACAAACAUGUUAGAAAAGCAAAAAUUUCAAAUUAAACGGAAGGAGUCUGAGGGGAGAAAGAAGAGCCAGAAGAGAAGGAAAAGAUCUCAGGAGGAGGAAGUUGACCUCAAGGUGGAAGGACAUUGGAAGCAUGGUGCCUUCUCCACUGAGCUGGUGGUGAUGCCACUCCUCGCAGGAUGGCAAACUGUUGUGAGUCGUGGCAGAGGGAAGUCUGCCAGCAUUUUAGAUUGUUUUCUGACUUUAAAAACAGAAGUUCCUAUCAUGACCGAGGAGCAAAAGCAGGACUUAAACCCCCUGACCAUAAAGAUCAAGUGUGUUUCCUGUCUUCCAUCACAACCUGUUCCCCACCAUGAACUAGAGAGGCUGUGCACCCCUGUGUACUGCAAGUACCAGUUCUUUAAGACUCCAGUUCAUAGAACAGAGGGGCAGCCCCAUGGCGUCCACAUCCAUUUCCAGGACAUCAAUGUCAUCUUUCUGGGGGCGAUGCAGCCCAGUGAUCUGAGAGAAUACCUGGAGGGCCCCCCCAUGGUGGUGGAAGUGCAUGACAGGGACCGCAAAUUAGAGGAGUAUUCCCGGAAGCCCACCCUGUUUGGGGAUGACCCCCUGGACUCAUACCUCAACCUCCAGGCCCUCAUCUCUCCAGAAGAGACAGAGAGCAACCCCUUUGAAUCCCACAAUAAGAGAUGGGACCCUUACGGGGUUGCUCAGGUCAGUUUUGCCGACCUUCUCCUCGGCCACAAGUACUUGAACUUGGUCGUCCCCAUCCACAGCUGUGAGCCCAAGCCCACACGGUGUGGACGGGAUGGCAGGAGCAGGAAGGUUGUGGGAUUCCGAGUGCCCACAGAUGGCUUCCAGCACAAGCCACUGCCCAUGGGCAACUACAUCGAGGCCAACUCCCUGCUCAAGCUGCGGGUGGACAUUGCUGUGCCCCUGCGCGCCAGAGCAGAAGCCCCGGACCCAGAGCUCACACAUAGCCAGUUUGGCCGUGUCAUUUUCGUGUUUGACUCCAGGAAGAUCUCCCUCCUCUCCAGCCUCCUGCGAGACAUCACCAUGAUCAAUGCCAAGGCCCUUGAUCUGGAGUCCUACCCUGUCAGGACUGUCCAGCAGAUCCUGUCAGCCUUUAAGGUGCGGGUGAAGAUCCAGGAGAGGCAGGACCUGGAUGUGCUCACUGGCUUCCACCUGCUGGACGGGAAGAUCCACCUUCUCAUUCUGGAGGGUUUGGCUGACCAAGGCUUGAAGCGGCUGUGGGACAGCCAUCAGAGCCGGGCCCCCGGAGCCGGAGCCGAACUGGGCAAAUGCAAAGCGCUCUACAACUCGGCGCUGCUGUUCCGCCGCCGCCUCUACGCGGACCUGGAGACCGUCCUGUACCAGGUGCACCUCUUCAGGCCCCUGUCACAGCUCAUGAAGCACUCAGCGCUGUACAUCCGUGACACCGUUUCCCAGAAGGCCUUCCAGGCCCUGAGCAGGAUCUACUGCAUCUGCCAUCACAGCACCAAGCUCAGAGAGGUGAUCACGAGAGACCUGCUGCCAUCCUCCGCCAUGGUCAAAGACUUGAGCCAGGAGUUGGGGCUGCCCAUUUCUCAAGAAGAUCUCACAGAAGGAAAACUGUUGGCCUUGCCAUCUCAGCACACCCUCAGUCUUGAGCACUUCCUAAGUCAGAAAUCCACCCUUGCUUACGAGAUCCAGGCCCACCAGGAGAAGUAUCUGCAGUGGCGGAACACCAUGGUGCUAAAGAACAAGGGCCAGGGGUCCAGCCUGGUCCAGAAAAAUAUUACUAGAGCCUACCAGGUUAGUAAGAAGCCUCCAAAAUCUGUGGUGAAGGUGAUCAGAAUUUCAGCCCCUACCAAAGAUGCGGUUUAUAACUACAGUAUCCAGUCCCUGAAUUCCACAGAGCUUGCUAAGAAGGAGCUGUAUCGAGAGAUGGCCAAGGAGCCAAGGAAGAGAUUCACAUACUCCCAGAAUUACCUCUCAGCCAUGGUGGAGCCUCAGGACUCAGAGGAAGAGGAGAAGAAAGCCAGGAAGAAAUCCCGCCAGGCCUGGCUCACAGCCAAUGGAUUCCAACUGACUGGUCUUCACAGAACCACUGAAUGCGACCAUCACCUCAGGCUGCCGCCCAUUGGCACUGAUCCAGAGCUGAAUGAGGAGCGGAGGGAAAAUGCACAGCCUGCUAGUGUGCUGGAUCGAGAGAGGUGGAGCUGGGACCAGCGCCACCAGGACUUUGACCUGUAUAAGCAGCCACCACUUUUCCUUGAGCUGCCCCGUCCUCCAGCACCUAAGCCUGUAACAGAACUCUGGAUCUUGUGGGAACAGGGGCUGGAGAAGGAUCCUCUGCCAGUCAAGCCUUUACAAGAGAAACCAUGUCUCCCACCACAGAAUGGAACACAGAUGCCAGCACCCAGAGCCAGAAGCUGCACACAAUCAUGUACUCCUCUUCUCAGCAGGUGCCAUGAUGGCCUCUCCUCCAUCUCUUGGCAACAGGGCUGGGCUCUACAGCAGGGGACACAGAACAUGGAGCCUUGAGGCUGAAAUGACUGUAAGGGUCAGAGGAAUCUGAGCCAGGUCCUCUCAGACAUAGCCAUGUGGCUACGGUAGAGGAGCAUUCUAGACAAACAGCCCUAUGUGCCAAGCCCCUGCACAGGGUAGGGCCAAAGCCUGAGACACCUGCUAGAAGGGCAGGUUUAUUUUAGCUGGAGUGCAGGGGGUAAAGAGGCAGAUAAAAUGCUUCCCUUCUUUGUGGAACAUCACUGGGUGGCUGCUAGGUGGCCAGGCAUGCUGGGCCACACCCUGGGAGGCUCUGACAGUCUUCACCUGCAGGUAUAUGCUCCUAGCUGGCAGGCCCUGCUGCAGGUGAACCUGACCUUAGCAGCCCUCACUCAAGGGAGAGGUUUGUGAGUAGCCAGCAGACCCUGGGAGCCUGGCCAUCAACAGUCACCUGGACUCAGGCCCACCUUCCCUCCCAAGGCCACCCUACUUACAUUUGUCCAGCUGGGACAGGGUGAAGAGAUUCUGGUAAUAAGCUUCUGCACAGAAGAUGUUGGCCAGCAGAACCUGUCAGAACCAAGAUUGAAGAGGAUGACAUAGGGCAUCCCUUCCCUGGUGUGUGUGUUUCAAGAACUCAGCCAAACUAAGCAGCUUGGCUCGGGUCAAAAGGCCUGGCUUGGGGGUCAGUCUUAGGUUCUAAUUCCAGCUCUGACCCAAAUAGCUCUGUCCCCAAGAGCAAAUUACUCAACACCUCUGGGCCUCAGUCUCCUCUAUGGCAGGAAGGCCAUCAUAAUGCUAGUGCCCAGAGGCUACUGAGGGACAAUAAAGACCCAGCACACAGCAGGUGCUUAGUGACUGCAUCUGGCCCCUCAGGCAGGGUAAGGAAGGCAGAUGCGGUGAAGGCACAAGGUUUGGGACCCCAU